GCUCUACCUCCAGGAUUAUCAUCGAGUAAGCCUAUAGCGAAUAACGAUAAUAAUAAUAAUAAUAAUAAUAGUAAUAAUAGCAAUAAUAAUAAUAAUAAUAAUAAUAAUAGUAACAUUAAUAAUAGUCGAAACUCAGAAAGUGAAAUGAAUAAAUAUGGCAUUGCAGGAUUAUCCUCCUUAAUUAAAAUGGAUCAAUAUGAUUAUACUAGUUAUGCUCUAGGACAAGAUAUUAGUAUGUGUGGUCUUGAUCUUUCAAAAGAUUCAGAAAUACUUAAAAAUUUAGCAUCUCCUUGGGCAGAAACUUCAAGAUCAGAAGUUGAACCUUAUGUAUCUAUACCUCCAUCAAUUCGAAAUGAAAAUAUAAUUCCUCCACCAGGUCCAUGCGAUACAAAAAUUCAAUCAUUUACUGAUGAAACUUUAUUCUAUAUAUUUUACAUGAAACCAAGAGAUACACUUCAAGAAUUUGCCGCUCGAGAAUUAGUAGCUAGAAAUUGGAGAUAUCAUAAGGAUAUUCAAGUAUGGUUAACAAAAGAUAGUAAUGUUGAACCUGUAUUAUUAAGUCCUGAUGUUGAAAAGGGUGUUUAUAUAUUCUUUGAUCCUCAUAAUUGGGAAAAGAUUAAGAAAGAGUUCGUAUUACAUUAUUCAUCAGUACAAACUUAGAUUCUAUAUCUAUUCUUAAUAUUCUGUAUUAUUAGUUAAUAUACGUCAUCUUUAAAUGAAU